GCAGCGGCUGAGGCGGCUGCGGGAGCGGAGCGGUCGCCGGGCGCGCGGGGGGACGCCGGCUGCACUCCGGGGCAGGCGCUCUGCAAUGAGACAGUAAAUGCAUCCCCCGCGCACUGCUGUAGGGUAACACCUGGAUUGGGUUCCCAGACCCUUGGAUGUCUUGCUGCCCACAAAUUCCUGGAUCAACUUGUUGAAAACUAUCAUCUAAAAAUAUGGAAAAGUUGUAGAAGGUGGAAAGUUCUGCCCAGGGAAGGUGCUCAAAUACUUGUUGGAGUUACCCAGAAUAUCAGCUUGAAGCUAUGAGUGUUUGUGCCCUAGAUUGAUCCUGUAGCUCUCAACAUGCUUUGGAAAGAACACUCCAGAGGCAUGACUGUAUCUGUGAAUUCCAGGUAUUGCUGCUGAAGGCUUCUCAGAUGCUUUAGGAUAUCUUCAGGGAAAUCAACUCUUUAAGUGAACUGAGAAUUCAGACAUUCUAAGUGAGAAUCUUCAAACCAUUUAGGAAAAUGGUGGCCCUGUCCUUAAAGAUUUGUGUCCGCCACUGCAAUGUGGUGAAGACCAUGCAGUUUGAACCAUCUACGGCUGUGUAUGAUGCAUGUCGAGUCAUUCGAGAACGGGUACCUGAGGCACAAACUGGCCAAGCUUCUGAUUAUGGGCUGUUUCUUUCCGAUGAAGACCCUAGGAAAGGGAUUUGGCUGGAAGCCGGCAGAACACUGGAUUAUUACAUGUUGCGAAAUGGGGAUAUUUUGGAAUAUAAAAAGAAACAGAGACCUCAGAAAAUCCGGAUGCUGGAUGGAUCUGUGAAAACAGUGAUGGUGGAUGACUCCAAGACUGUUGGGGAACUCCUGGUUACUAUUUGCAGCAGAAUAGGAAUAACAAACUAUGAAGAGUACUCUUUAAUCCAAGAAACGAUUGAAGAAAAGAAGGAGGAAGGGACGGGUACGCUAAAGAAAGACCGGACACUGUUGCGAGAUGAGAGGAAAAUGGAGAAGUUGAAGGCCAAGCUCCACACAGAUGACGACCUAAAUUGGCUGGAUCACAGCCGAACAUUCAGAGAACAAGGAGUAGAUGAACAUGAAACAUUGCUGCUUAGACGGAAGUUCUUCUACUCCGAUCAGAAUGUGGACUCGAGAGACCCCGUGCAGCUGAACUUGCUUUAUGUUCAGGCUCGGGAUGACAUCCUGAAUGGCUCCCACCCCGUCUCCUUCGAGAAAGCUUGUGAGUUUGGAGGAUUUCAAGCCCAGAUACAAUUUGGACCUCACGUGGAACAUAAACACAAACCUGGAUUCUUAGAUCUAAAGGAAUUCCUGCCCAAAGAAUACAUCAAGCAGAGAGGAGCUGAAAAGAGAAUAUUUCAGGAGCAUAAGAACUGUGGAGAGAUGAGUGAAAUAGAAGCCAAGGUCAAGUAUGUCAAACUCGCCAGAUCCCUCCGGACAUAUGGUGUGUCCUUUUUCCUGGUGAAGGAAAAGAUGAAAGGCAAGAACAAGUUGGUGCCUCGCCUGUUGGGCAUCACCAAGGAUUCAGUGAUGCGUGUGGAUGAGAAGACCAAGGAGGUGCUGCAGGAGUGGCCGCUCACCACGGUUAAGCGCUGGGCGGCCUCACCCAAGAGCUUCACCCUGGAUUUUGGGGAGUAUCAGGAAAGCUACUAUUCAGUACAAACCACUGAAGGAGAGCAAAUAUCCCAGCUGAUUGCAGGCUACAUUGACAUCAUCCUCAAAAAGAAACAAAGUAAAGAUAGAUUUGGAUUAGAGGGGGAUGAGGAGUCGACUAUGCUGGAAGAGUCGGUUUCCCCGAAAAAGUCCACCAUCUUGCAGCAGCAGUUCAAUCGGACUGGGAAAGUGGAGCACGGCUCAGUGGCGCUGCCUGCUGUGAUGCGCUCAGGCUCCAGUGGACCCGAGACCUUCAACGUGGGCAGCAUGCCUUCACCGCAGCAGCAGGUCACGGUGGGGCAGAUGCACCGAGGACACAUGGCCCCACUGACCUCAGCCCAGCAGGCCCUCAUGGGGACCAUCAACACAAGCAUGCAUGCUGUCCAGCAGGCCCAGGACGACCUCAGCGAGCUGGAUUCAUUGCCACCUCUCGGCCAGGAUAUGGCGUCACGGGUGUGGGUUCAGAAUAAAGUUGAUGAAUCCAAACACGAAAUCCACUCUCAGGUUGAUGCGAUCACAGCUGGAACAGCUUCAGUAGUUAACCUCACUGCUGGUGACCCUGCAGACACUGACUACACAGCAGUGGGAUGUGCAAUCACCACCAUUUCUUCCAACCUGACGGAGAUGUCCAAGGGUGUGAAGCUGUUGGCCGCUCUGAUGGACGACGAGGUGGGCAGUGGGGAGGACUUGCUCCGAGCUGCGAGGACCCUUGCAGGGGCAGUGUCAGACUUGCUGAAAGCUGUGCAGCCUACUUCUGGAGAGCCUCGACAGACAGUUUUGACUGCUGCUGGAAGCAUUGGACAAGCCAGUGGGGAUCUUCUGAGACAGAUCGGAGAGAAUGAGACCGAUGAGCGAUUCCAGGAUGUUUUAAUGAGUUUGGCCAAAGCUGUUGCCAAUGCUGCUGCCAUGUUGGUAUUAAAGGCGAAGAAUGUUGCCCAAGUAGCUGAAGACACAGUCCUACAGAACAGGGUGAUUGCUGCUGCUACCCAGUGUGCGCUCUCUACAUCCCAACUUGUAGCAUGUGCCAAGGUGGUAAGCCCCACCAUCAGCUCCCCUGUGUGCCAGGAGCAGCUGAUCGAAGCAGGGAAGCUGGUGGACCGCUCAGUGGAGAACUGUGUCCGCGCCUGCCAGGCAGCCACUGAUGACAGCGAGCUCCUGAAGCAGGUCAGCGCAGCAGCCAGUGUGGUCAGCCAGGCCCUGCACGACCUCCUGCAGCAUGUACGACAGUUUGCCAGCCGAGGCGAGCCCAUCGGCCGCUACGACCAGGCCACCGACACCAUCAUGUGUGUCACCGAGAGCAUCUUCAGCUCCAUGGGCGAUGCUGGUGAAAUGGUACGCCAGGCCCGGGUCCUGGCGCAGGCUACCUCAGACCUCGUCAAUGCCAUGAGAUCAGAUGCAGAAGCUGAAAUAGAUAUGGAAAAUUCAAAGAAGCUCCUGGCAGCAGCAAAACUCCUGGCUGACUCCACCGCUCGCAUGGUGGAAGCUGCAAAGGGGGCUGCAGCCAAUCCAGAGAAUGAGGACCAGCAGCAGAGACUGAGGGAAGCUGCAGAAGGUCUUCGAGUGGCAACCAAUGCCGCUGCCCAGAAUGCCAUCAAGAAAAAAAUUGUCAACCGCUUGGAGGUGGCAGCUAAGCAGGCUGCAGCCGCGGCCACGCAGACCAUUGCCGCCUCCCAAAACGCAGCAGUGUCCAACAAGAACCCUGCCGCCCAGCAGCAGCUGGUGCAGAGCUGCAAGGCGGUGGCUGAUCACAUCCCCCAGUUGGUCCAGGGAGUGAGAGGGAGCCAAGCCCAAGCAGAAGACCUUAGUGCCCAGCUGGCUCUCAUCAUCUCCAGCCAGAACUUCCUCCAGCCUGGAAGCAAGAUGGUGUCCUCUGCUAAAGCAGCAGUGCCCACUGUGAGUGACCAGGCUGCAGCCAUGCAGCUGAGCCAAUGUGCCAAGAACCUUGCCACCAGCUUGGCGGAGCUGCGUACUGCCUCGCAGAAGGCCCACGAAGCCUGUGGUCCUAUGGAAAUUGAUUCUGCCCUGAGCACCGUGCAGACACUCAAGAAUGAACUGCAGGAUGCCAAGAUGGCUGCUGUGGAGAGUCAGCUGAAACCACUUCCAGGGGAAACGCUGGAAAAAUGCGCUCAAGACCUAGGAAGUACAUCCAAGGCAGUGGGCUCCUCCAUGGCACAGCUCCUGACCUGUGCUGCCCAAGGCAAUGAGCACUACACAGGAGUGGCCGCAAGAGAAACAGCCCAAGCUCUAAAAACACUGGCCCAGGCUGCGCGUGGAGUGGCCGCAUCCACAAAUGAUCCUGCAGCUGCCCAUGCCAUGUUAGAUUCUGCUCGAGACGUGAUGGAAGGCUCAGCCAUGCUCAUCCAAGAAGCCAAGCAGGCCCUGAUUGCCCCUGGGGAUGCUGAGAGUCAGCAGAGACUAGCCCAGGUGGCCAAAGCCGUCUCACACUCCUUGAAUAACUGCGUGAAUUGUCUCCCUGGACAGAAGGAUGUGGACGUGGCCUUGAAGAGCAUUGGCGAGUCCAGCAAGAAGCUGCUUGUGGACUCGUUACCUCCCAGCACGAAACCUUUCCAGGAAGCCCAGAGUGAACUAAACCAAGCAGCGGCUGAUCUGAACCAGUCUGCUGGGGAAGUGGUCCAUGCCACCCGGGGCCAGAGCGGAGAGCUGGCCGCAGCCUCUGGAAAGUUUAGUGACGAUUUUGAUGAAUUCCUUGAUGCUGGCAUUGAGAUGGCAGGCCAAGCUCAGACGAAAGAAGACCAGAUCCAAGUGAUAGGAAACCUCAAGAAUAUCUCUAUGGCAUCCAGCAAGCUGUUGUUAGCUGCCAAGUCUCUAUCUGUAGAUCCAGGAGCCCCCAAUGCAAAAAAUCUCCUGGCAGCUGCUGCAAGAGCUGUGACAGAGAGUAUCAAUCAGCUCAUUACUCUGUGCACCCAGCAAGCUCCAGGCCAGAAAGAAUGUGAUAAUGCUCUGCGGGAGCUCGAGACUGUCAAGGGGAUGUUGGACAAUCCUAAUGAACCUGUCAGUGACCUCUCUUACUUUGAUUGCAUUGAGAGUGUGAUGGAAAACUCCAAGGUUCUGGGCGAGUCGAUGGCAGGGAUUUCGCAGAACGCCAAGACUGGGGACCUCCCUGCCUUUGGGGAGUGUGUGGGGAUUGCGUCCAAAGCCCUCUGUGGGCUGACAGAGGCUGCAGCCCAGGCUGCAUACCUGGUGGGCAUCUCCGAUCCAAAUAGCCAGGCGGGCCACCAGGGCCUCGUGGACCCCAUCCAGUUCGCCAGGGCUAACCAGGCUAUCCAGAUGGCAUGCCAGAACCUGGUGGACCCUGGCAGCAGCCCGUCACAGGUUCUGUCAGCGGCCACCAUUGUCGCCAAGCACACCUCGGCCCUGUGCAACGCCUGCCGCAUUGCCUCGUCCAAGACGGCCAACCCAGUGGCCAAGAGACACUUUGUCCAGUCAGCCAAGGAAGUUGCCAAUAGCACUGCCAACCUAGUGAAGACCAUCAAGGCCCUGGAUGGGGAUUUCUCCGAAGACAAUCGCAAUAAGUGUCGCAUUGCCACCGCACCCUUGAUCGAAGCUGUGGAGAACCUGACAGCAUUCGCAUCCAACCCUGAGUUUGUCAGCAUUCCUGCCCAGAUUAGCUCUGAGGGUUCUCAGGCACAGGAACCGAUCCUGGUCUCAGCUAAGACCAUGCUGGAGAGUUCAUCAUACCUCAUUCGUACUGCACGCUCACUGGCCAUCAACCCCAAAGAUCCGCCCACCUGGUCUGUGCUAGCUGGACACUCCCACACUGUGUCUGACUCUAUCAAGAGUCUCAUCACCUCUAUCAGGGACAAGGCCCCUGGGCAGAGAGAGUGUGACUACUCCAUCGAUGGCAUCAACCGGUGCAUCCGGGACAUUGAGCAGGCCUCUCUGGCAGCUGUCAGCCAGAGUUUGGCCACGAGGGAUGACAUCUCUGUGGAGGCCCUGCAAGAGCAGCUAACUUCAGUGGUCCAAGAAAUCGGGCACCUUAUCGAUCCCAUCGCCACAGCAGCUCGGGGAGAAGCAGCUCAGCUGGGACAUAAGGUGACACAGCUGGCGAGCUACUUUGAGCCCCUGAUCUUAGCAGCCGUUGGAGUCGCCUCCAAGAUCCUGGAUCAUCAGCAGCAGAUGACAGUGCUGGACCAGACCAAGACGUUGGCAGAAUCUGCCCUGCAGAUGUUGUACGCAGCCAAAGAAGGUGGUGGAAACCCCAAGGCUCAGCACACCCAUGAUGCCAUCACAGAGGCUGCCCAGCUCAUGAAGGAGGCUGUAGAUGACAUCAUGGUGACACUGAAUGAAGCCGCCAGUGAAGUGGGGCUGGUGGGAGGCAUGGUCGAUGCCAUUGCAGAGGCCAUGAGCAAGCUGGAUGAAGGCACUCCUCCAGAACCAAAGGGAACAUUUGUCGACUAUCAGACGACUGUGGUUAAAUACUCCAAAGCCAUUGCGGUGACAGCUCAGGAAAUGAUGACUAAGUCGGUUACUAACCCGGAGGAGUUGGGAGGACUGGCUUCACAAAUGACCAGUGACUAUGGGCACCUGGCCCUCCAGGGCCAGAUGGCGGCAGCCACGGCGGAACCAGAGGAGAUCGGCUUCCAGAUUCGCACUCGUGUGCAAGACCUGGGCCACGGCUGUAUAUUCCUGGUGCAGAAGGCGGGGGCGCUCCAGGUGUGCCCCACAGACAGCUACACCAAAAGGGAGCUCAUCGAGUGUGCCCGCGCAGUCACAGAGAAGGUGUCCUUGGUGCUAUCAGCUCUCCAGGCUGGGAACAAGGGGACUCAGGCAUGUAUCACAGCCGCCACUGCUGUGUCUGGGAUUAUUGCCGACCUGGACACCACCAUCAUGUUUGCAACCGCGGGGACCCUGAAUGCAGAGAAUAACGAGACCUUUGCAGACCACAGGGAGAACAUCCUGAAGACAGCCAAAGCCUUGGUGGAAGAUACGAAGCUGCUGGUGUCAGGGGCUGCGUCCACACCAGACAAGCUGGCCCAGGCAGCCCAGUCAUCAGCAGCCACCAUCACCCAGCUCGCUGAGGUGGUCAAGCUGGGGGCUGCCAGCCUGGGCUCUGAUGACCCCGAGACACAGGUGGUAUUGAUCAAUGCCAUCAAAGAUGUAGCCAAGGCCCUUUCGGAUCUGAUUGGCGCUACCAAAGGAGCUGCCAGCAAGCCUGCUGAUGACCCCUCCAUGUACCAGCUCAAGGGGGCGGCCAAGGUGAUGGUGACCAAUGUCACCUCCCUCCUCAAGACCGUAAAGGCAGUGGAAGACGAGGCCACCCGAGGUACACGGGCACUUGAGGCCACAAUCGAGUACAUGAAACAGGAGCUCACGGUGUUCCAGUCCAAAGAAGUACCUGAAAAGACCUCCUCACCUGAAGAAUCCAUAAGGAUGACAAAAGGCAUCACCAUGGCGACAGCCAAAGCCGUGGCCGCUGGGAACUCAUGCAGGCAGGAGGAUGUGAUUGCCACCGCCAACCUGAGCCGGAAAGCCGUGUCAGAUAUGUUGACAGCUUGUAAGCAAGCCUCUUUCCACCCUGAUGUCAGCGAGGAGGUGCGCACCAGAGCUUUGCGGUACGGGACGGAGUGCACCCUUGGCUACCUAGACCUUCUCGAGCACGUCUUGGUGAUCCUUCAGAAGCCAAGCCCAGAACUCAAGCACCAACUGGCUGCUUUCUCCAAGCGCGUUGCUGGCGCCGUGACUGAGCUGAUCCAGGCCGCAGAAGCCAUGAAAGGAACAGAGUGGGUGGAUCCAGAAGACCCAACCGUCAUUGCAGAAACAGAAUUACUGGGGGCCGCAGCAUCCAUUGAGGCUGCUGCUAAGAAGUUAGAGCAACUGAAGCCAAGAGCAAAACCAAAACAAGCAGAUGAGACCCUGGAUUUUGAAGAACAGAUUUUGGAAGCUGCUAAAUCCAUUGCUGCUGCCACAAGUGCCCUGGUCAAAUCGGCCUCGGCAGCCCAGAGGGAGCUGGUGGCCCAAGGAAAGGUGGGUUCCAUCCCUGCCAAUGCUGCGGAUGACGGACAGUGGUCCCAGGGACUGAUUUCUGCCGCCCGGAUGGUGGCAGCUGCAACCAGCAAUCUCUGCGAGGCGGCUAAUGCCUCAGUGCAGGGACAUGCCAGUGAGGAGAAGCUCAUCUCAUCCGCCAAGCAGGUCGCUGCCUCCACGGCUCAGCUGCUCGUGGCCUGCAAGGUGAAGGCCGACCAGGAUUCAGAGGCCAUGAGGCGGCUACAGGCAGCAGGAAAUGCUGUGAAAAGAGCUUCAGAUAAUCUCGUUCGUGCAGCCCAGAAGGCAGCAUUUGGCAAAGCCGAUGAUGACGAUGUUGUAGUGAAAACAAAGUUUGUAGGGGGCAUUGCUCAGAUCAUUGCUGCCCAGGAGGAAAUGUUGAAAAAAGAACGAGAACUGGAAGAAGCAAGGAAAAAACUGGCCCAGAUCCGCCAACAGCAGUAUAAAUUCCUACCCACUGAGCUGAGGGAGGAUGAAGGCUAAGGCCAGAGCCAAGAUGGUGUGCCCUAGGGGAUGGCUCUGCGAGAACUGGCCAAACAGUGUUCCUGAGACACUGGGCACUUACCUGGAAACUGCCCGCCUCCCCCUGGGGCCAACCCAGAGCCCUGCGUGCUCACUCACGUCUCUGUCCUGUAGGGCACCGGCUGCAUGAUCGUGAUGUCACACGGUACAGUGUCCCACCCACAGCUCCUUCGCCACCUCCCCUCAUGCCUCACUGGAUCUCAGGAGAGAGGGGCGCACGUUUCGUGAACUGUUACCAAAAAAGAGAAGUCAGUAUUACGUCGUUCUCAGACACUUUUGUUUUUGUUGGUCUUUCUCUAGGCCCCCCCUCCUGGGCCUUCUGGGAAAUUAUAAGAGGAAAAAAAUAAUGGCUUUGGGAAAAUUGUUGACAUCCUAGAUAUUAUCCUCCCUCUCAGGAGAAGAUGGAAGCUGGAGUUGGACACGGUUAAUAAAAGCCAGAAGCAUAAACCAGUGUGGACUCCAGGAGGACAACUCGGGUCCUUCUGUGUCUCUAGCACUGGCUCACCCAGAGGGUAGAGAAUUCCUACUCCCAUUUGCACGCUUUCUUGCCUCCGUGUGUAAGCUCCUUGUACAAUCUAGACCCAUCUUGUAUUCUGUGGCCCAAAAAAAACGAACAUUUAUUUUUUCCUCCAUAAUCCAAAGGGCAGAAGUAUGGGGGACUGCCAGGGCUUGGUAAGCAGGGGUGGUAAUAAAAUGUGUGGGCUCCUUACUCUGCAGAGCUGUUUCAGUUCAUACAAAUUCACCCACACAAACCCACAUCCUCCAGGUGACCCUUUGCACAACACCCCCCUUCUAAGCAUUCGAGGUGGGGACUCAACUAGAAUAAAGCAAUUCCCUGGUGUCUCCACCUUCCUGGUCCUACAUUGGCUCCUCUGCUCUCAAAAUGGUUAGCUUUCAAGGCAUCUGUUUCAAAAUCUGUCACCUGUCCUGCAUCCCAAGAUGGACAUUUUUUUCUGUGUCUUGAUACUCUUAAAAUCUAGAUGCAUCCUACAAUCAAUAUGAAUCUUUAACAAGAUAGUUUUGCUGACUCUUGUGUUUUAUGAGUAAAGGCACGUGGUGUUUCCAGAGUCUGUCUUCUGGAUGCCACACUUCCUAGAUUUAAUUUUUCCUUUCAGAGCCCCUCCCCCUUUUUAAGGGCAUGGUAAGACCUUGAAUUUACCUUUAAUCUGAGCCUUUAAUCAAGACAGUACAUGAAGGAUGAAUGACUGGUGGAAUAGGUCCUAAUGCCAGGUAGCCAGUGAUUUGGAAAGAAUUCAUGAGGGGAAGACAGUGGUAAUGGAGGUACAUGGGUUUUGAAGACAGCCAUCCUCCUCCUGCUCUGCAGUGACGUGGUGUCACAUCUCCUUUCUCAUCCACAGAAUGGCUUCAGGAUUCCACCCAGGGUAAAAGUGGAUGCUUUGGUCCUCAAAAGGCACCACUUCUUUUAGGCCUCGCCCCAUGGUGCUGCUGUGGGAGACUCUAGCCCAUGUUGUAGUUUUAAAAUCUCAUUAAACUUAGUACAGCAUCCCAUAUUUAUGAGAGACUUGUAACUGCUACACAUAGAGAUGUUUUUCCAGAUAAACAGGCAGUUAGAGGAUAUAUAGUGCAAAUAAAAAGCAAGUGGGAAGAGUAUGUAGGGGAUGGUGGGGGGAGGUGGAGGCACCAACUCUGAAGAGGAGGGAGCCACAGAGCCCUGGCCUCUUGGAAAUGCCAGCACACUCUCGGCUCUCCCCGAGGGUAGCUAGUACAACUCUUCAUACCUGCCCUGAGAUAAAAACUGAGGGCUCCAUGGAUGGACGGGCACAGGGUGCCUUCUGAGGCUGUUUAUCAGACCUGAAGGCUCAGAGUCAAGUUGUGCUAAUAGCCUCAUGUAGCAGCACCUGGGGAGCCCCCCUUCCCUGUGGCCCACCCUCACUGUGUAUUCUCUUCCAGACUAUGAGGUUGCUUCUCCCCUUGCCCAUGUCCCCUGUCCCAUCCUGGCAUCCCGGGAGCCGGGCAGGUUCAGGCAAUGAGUUCUCUCUCCCUGCCUCGGAGUGGUUGAAAACUCCUACCGCACUUGACACAGCAAAACCUACCAAGACAGGCCAGAGGAGAGGCCUGUCCUUGAUGACUUGAGAGAGCAGGCAUAGAACAAAGUUUAUUUUUGUAGGACCUAUGUACAUAUGCUCCUGUCUCGAGUGUUCUGCUGCUAGGAGCUGGGGGAAGUCGGUUCCCAGUUCUCACUGGGCAUGAGGCUGGUUUUUUCUCUAUUCCUUUCCUUGUCCACACUGCAUACAUGUAUGUGAAUGGCCUCGUGGCUGCCUUGGUCUUUUCUCAUGUCAUAAAUUGGUUGAGAACUGUACUUUGAGCGUUAUUUAAUAGGCAUGUGACCCCAGAUGGCAUCAAGGGGGCUGCUGGCUCUUCUUCAAAGGGAGAUCAUGCAGAUAGGAGUUGCAUUUGGGGUGUGAGCUUUCAUUCAGCGUCUAACGAGGAGAUGGUUUCAGGUAAAAAUGAUCCCAGGCCUGGAGCAUAGUAACGCUUCUCUCCAUGUGAAGGAAAAGCAGGUGUGGGCUGCCUGAGGGGAACCAUCACUGGGCUUCAAAGCCUUCAGCUGAUCUUCGUGCUUAGAAGCUUCUCUCUUGAAAGGUCAAGAAAGGAACCUGAACUGACUUCAGAACCGCUCUCAGUGAUGUGGGAGCCUAGGUUUUGCUUGGUGCUGCCCUUUAAAGAGCUUUGGGUAAGGAUGCUUAAAGCCACAUUCAGUUAAGGACCAGCCCUUGUUCAAACUCUGCCGGUGUCCCAGCAGGUGUGGCGAUGGUGGUUGGCGUGAGCGGUGUCCUGAGUCCUGGGCAGCUAUGUAGUCGGGUGUCAGGGACCCUCAGGCCACCUGCAGAGAAGCCACCUGAACCACAGCAAAUGCUUUAUCACGGCAAACUCUUUGGGCUCCUCCGGGAUCUCCCAGUGUGCUGCUUGGGUGUUUCAUCGGUCCGUGAGUUUCUAGUAACCAAAGCCCGUUCCUAAUUUAUCAAUGUGUUAAUACCAAAAUUCACCACCCCCCAAGAGAGUGAACCCCACCACCAAAGUGAUCCCUGGGCAGGGCAAUGGUGGUGAGCCGGCUCUGGUCUCUACUCCUGGGGGACUAGGGGUUCUCCUCAACAGUGAGCCCCUACAACUCCCCCAGCUCUGAGGUUCUGGACUGUGGCAGGGCCUUUGGGGGUUCUGGCCUUGAGACCCCAGCACAGACUAUGAGCACAUUCAGCUCUCAGAUUCCUGGAGGAAGUGUCCCCUCUGCUGACCAAGGGAGUAGCCACCUCUGAGACUCUUCGGGGUACCAAGGAGCUGAGGGUAAACACAUCCUUCAAGCUAAGAGGCAGUAGCAUUCAGAAACCCAGAGAUCCUGACAGCUGUGCCAGGGGCUCAGUUCCAACUCCCCAAGGUCUCUUCAGGGUGGUGGCCUCGGGGGGAAGGUGUCUUUCACCCACAGGGCCCCCCCAAGUAUGACAUUUAAAAGUCCCUGAGACUACAGCUCCAUCUUUCUGAGCAUCUUCUUGGUAUGUUUAUGGUCAUUGGGAACGGGCAUGUGACAGAGCUUCUGUUGACUCAUUUUUAAAAACGUGAUAAAGAGACAUUUCUGUAAAAGAGUUUGGGUGGGCCGUGGCCUUCCAGCACCCCCGUAAGCCACCAGUGUCUCAGUCACCCUGUCAGCGUUGGCAUCUCCUGGGUCCACAGAGCACGAGGCUGGGUUUCCCUCGGCCACCUUCUCACCUGGCUACAAAAUGUAGAAGCAAACAGGAAAGUUAAGCUCUGCCCCAUGUCAUAAUGUCUUUAUUGAUCUGAUCGCAUAAAUUAUUUUUUUUUAAUUCACCAGAAAUAAACUUUUAAAGGAA